UUUCAUCCCAAAGAACAAGCCAGCAGCCACCAUGUUGCUCGACGAGAAUCCAGCCGAUCUCAUCCACCACACAAUCGGCAACUUCAACAUCCAACCCGAUAAACAAGCCGUCUCCCGUGUCAAUGACUCCCUCACCACGCUGCAGCAGUCUCGCGACCUGCGCAUUCGUGAAGCCGAAUCCUCUCUGCGGAAACUCUCUCGCCAUCUCCAGUCUCUGAGCACCCAACAUGAAGAGGCCGUUAUCGCCCAUGACGCGGGGAGACACGCCGCCGCGAUGGUCGAGCUAGACACGAAGAAAUUUCGCAUCGCCAAGGCUGCGUCUGAACUAGAGAUCGAAAGCGAACGACUCGAGAGUGAACUCGAGAUGCUAAAGGAUCGACUGGCGGAUCUUGAGGCUCAAGGACUGGAGGGUGAUGAAGUGACGCGGCGAGAGCGAGAGGCCGAUGAUGCUAUUCUACUCCGAUUGAAAAUCUACCGGUCUCUUGGUAUCGAUAUCGAACCCGACGACGCAGGCAUCUUCACCAAGGCCGUUAUCCGCAACAGUCGCAAGGGAGACGUACAUGUCGUCAACCUGGACCCCAAAUUCUCGCGCUUCUUCUACUCGAACUAUUUCUGGUCAACGAUGCAGGGUUAGCCCGGGCUCUUUUCUUCUUCUUCUUCUUCUUCUUCUUCUUCUUCUU